AUGAAAUUCAACAUAAGUUAUCCCGUAACCGGAGGUCAAAAAUGCAUUGAAAUUGAUGACGAUAAAAAAUGUAAUGUUUUUAUGGACAAAAGAAUAGGUUAAGAAGUCCAAGCUGAUUCUUUAGGUGAUGAAUUCAAAGGAUAUGUAUUUAAAAUUGCAGGAGGAAAUGACAAAUAAGGUUUCCCAAUGAAAUAAGGAGUUUUUGCUAAAGGAAGAGUAAGACUUUUAUUAUCUGCUGGUCAUUCAUGCUUUACUGAAAGAAGAAGUGGUUUCAAGAAGAGAAAAUCAGUCAGAGGAUGUAUUGUUGGACCUGACAUGAGAGUUUUAGCUUUAUAAGUAGUAAAGAAAGGAGAAAAAGAAAUCGAAGGAGUAACUGAUGUCAAUUUACCUAGAAAAUUAGGUCCUAAGAGAGCUAAUAAAAUAAAAAAAUUAUUUGGUUUGAAAAAGGAAGAUGAUUAAAUUUUAGUAAAAAAAUCAGUUAUUAGAAGAACUUUCAAAUCUGGAACUGGAAAAGAAAGAGUAAAAUGUACUAAAAUUUAAAGACUUAUUACUCCUGAAAGACUUAGAAGAAAAAGAGUCUAUUUAUUAGAAAAAAAAUCCAGAUCUUAAAAAACUAAGGCCGCUAGAGAAGAAUAUGAAAAGUUCUUAGUUGAAUGGAGAAAAUAAAGAAACACAACUGCAUAAAAGGUCAUUGAAGAACCCAAAAAAACUGUUCCUGUUGCAGCUGAUAAUAAAAAUAAUAAAAAUGCUCCUGUUUAAAAAUAACCAGUUGUAAAUAAAAAAUAGUAACCUCUUGCUAAAAAUACUACCGCUGUCUAAUAAACAGCUGCUUAAAAGAAAACUGCCCCUGUACCUGCUAAAGCUUCUGCUGCUACUACUUAAAAAGCACCCGUUUAAAAAGCCCCUGUUGCUGAAAAAAAAGCCCCUGUCGCUGAAAAAAAAGCUCCUGUUGCUGAAAAAAAGGCUCCCGUACCUACUGAAAAGAAAACUGGAAAAAAGUGAAUUGAUUUUGAUUUUUCUAUUCUUUUUUUUUAUGCAUUUUUAAUAUUUAAAAAUUUAAAAAGCAAAAAAAAUAAUAUUUUUUAGUUAUGUUUUUUUUUUUAUUCCUUUUUUUAGAAAUAAGUAUUUAAACAUUUUUCAAACUGC